AUGAGCGUCCCCAAACGCUCCGUCCUGAUCACAGGCUGCUCAACCGGAGGCAUGGGCAGCGAACUCGCCAAAGCAUUCCACAAAACCGGCUACCACGUCUACGCCACCGCCCGCAACCUCUCCAAGAUGGAAGACCUCUCCGCCCUCGGCAUCCAAACGCUCCAGCUCGACGUGACCUCCGACGAAUCCAUCCGCGCCUGCGUCAAGUCCCUCGACUCACUGGACGUCCUCAUCAACAACGCCGGCGCCAAUCAACUCAUGCCCGUUGUCGACUUCCCCAUCACCGAAGCGAAGCGCCUCUUCGACCUGAACGUCUGGUCCCAAGUCGCCAUGAUUCAGGCCUUUACGCCUUUACUCCUAAGGUCUUCCAACGCCAUGAUAGUGAACCACACCAGCAGCGCCGCGGUGACCACCAUCCCGUACUCAGGAGUCUACGCCGCGUCCAAAGCCGCGUUCUCCAUGAUGAGCGACACCCUCCGCCUCGAACUGCAGCCGUUCAACAUCAAGGUAGUGGAUCUGCGCACUGCAAUGGUCGCGACCAACAUCUUCGAGAACCAGAAAAGCGCCACCCCAACCUCUCUCCCGUCCGGGUCCAUCUACGAGCCCGCGCGCUCAGUGGUGGAUAAAUCGCUCCGGGGCGAGACGCUCGAGGCCGGAAGCAAACCCAUGAGCGCGGAGCUCUGGGCCCAGCAGGUUGUGCGGGACUUGACGAAGACGACGCCACCGGCGAUCAUUUGGAGAGGCGAUAACGCGUGGCUCGUUCGCUUGGCGACGGUGCUGCCGCAUGGGUUGUUCGAUGGUUUGAUUAAGAAGAUGACGGGGUUUGAUCAGGCGGAGAAGAUUUUGAGGGCGGCGGUCUGA